AUGGCAUCAUUUCACGGCAAAGUUAUCGCCAUCACGGGAGCUGCAUCGGGCAUGGGCCUUGCCACCGCGCAACUGCUCGCCUCUCGGGGGGCACUUAUCUCCUUGGCGGAUAUCAACGAGGCUGCUGUUCGUGAGGCGACAGCUUCGCUUCCAAAGAAUGGUGGUAAGGAACACAUGUACGCCGUGGUCGAUGUGCGGAGUAGCAAGUCAGUCGAUGACUGGAUAGAGGCCACGGUACAAACGCUGGGUAAAUUGGACGGUGCCGUCAACAUGGCUGGCGUAAUUAAGCACGCGAGCCCAGUGAGCGAGUCAACUGAUGAAGAUUGGGACUUUACUUUCGCGGUCAACGCAAGAGGUGUCUAUAGUUGCUUAAAGGCUGAAAUCAAAGCAAUGAGUGCCGGGGAAAGCAUUGUCUCGGCCGCCAGCGUUUUUGGACAAUUUGGUGCUCCAGGAAAUGCUGCUUAUUGUGCUAGUAAGGCGGCGGUGAUAGGGCUGUCGAGAACUGCAGCAAAGGAGAAUGCGCACGUUCGAAUUAAUUGUGUUUCACCAGGCUCCAUUAGAACGCCGCUAUCGGAAGGAGAGAACCCAGAGGACGUGAAGCAAAGUCUCCAGCACACUGCACAAAAGCGAAGGGCUGAGCCUAUCGAAGUAGCCCGCGUCAUUGCGUUUCUGCUUAGUGAUGAGGCUUCGUUCGUCACUGGAGCUGUGUAUAACGUAGAUGGCGGCUGGGUAUGUUGA